AUUAUUUCCGGGAUCAAGGAAUCCUCUUCCACUUGCGGUGAGCGGAUCCUCGUAAACGAAAAUAGGGAUUAUCAAAAAUACGACGCCGUCCCACUGCCAGCUCGGUUUAUCGACGACGUCGGUUAAGGAAUUGUUGGUUUUUGUUGCCUUAUCAGGAAGGAAUUGCUGCUCUUGAGGAAGUCAUUUAUCAUAUUGAAACAUACGAUGUGACAACUGCGUUAGAGCCAGCACUCCAAUGUUUCUUAUGUCACGAAAAAUAAAAUCCUUAGGAGUUAAAAUGAUUAUCUCUGGGGCAGGUUCAGAUGAAAUCUUUGGAGGUUACUUGUAUUUUCACAAGGCACCUAACAAGGAAGAGGUUCACCAGGAGACAUGUCAAAAGAUCAAGGCUCUUCAUCUUUAUGACUGCUUGAGGGCGAAUAAAUCGACUUCAGCAUGGGGUGUUGAGGCUCGUGUACCCUUUUUGGACAAAGAAUUCAUCAAUGUUGCAAUGAGCAUAGAUCCAGAGUGGAAAAUGAUCAGGCCUGAUCUUGGAAGGAUAGAGAAGUGGGUCUUGCGCAAUGCAUUUGAUGAUGAGAAGAACCUAUAUCUUCCAAAGCACAUAUUGUACAGGCAGAAGGAACAGUUCAGUGAUAGCUGGAUUGAUGGUCUGAGAGAUCAUGCAAACAAACAAGUCAAAGAUGCAACAUUGAUGAAUGCAAGCUUUAUUUACCCAGAAAAUACUCCAACCACAAAAGAGGCAUGUUACUACAGAACCAUCUUUAAGAAAUUCUUCCCUAAGAAUGCUGCAAGGUUGAAGGUUCCUGGAGGCCCAAGCGUUGCGUGCAGUACUGCAAAAGCAGUGGAAUGGGAUGCAGCAUGGGCAAAAAAUCCUUAUGCCGCUCUUGGUGUUCAUGCGGCUGCAUACAAGGGAACGGAGGAUGCCAAGAUUGAAAAUUUGAUGAAUGGUUCCCCUCAGACACUACAAGAAAGGAUUGUAGAGAAGACUGCAAUAAUUGCUUAA